GAGAAGUUUCCUCACACCUCAUUUCUGCUCUGCAGUCUUCCUUCGCUGGCCUCCUGGAGUGACCUGAAGCUGCAGGAAAAGGCAUUCAAUGCCUUAAUGGCCCUCUGGGUUCCAGAGAGAGAGAGGUCUCAGAUCUUGCAGAAGGUCCAACUAACUGAGUCAUACAGUACUGGCCGUCCUCAUUAUGGGAUCCCUCGGGACUACGCAGAACACAUAACGCAGAGGUCGACAAAGCGGGGACAGCUUGCGUCCUGUAAUUUGGGCUCUUCUCACCAACACCCCCUCACUCCCUCCAGCCCUAGCCCGCAGAGCCUAACAAGACCUGCAAUACCCCUUGACAUGGAAAUACACUGAUACAAUAGGCAGAAAGAGACCCUCGAUCGCAGUGUCCCCGCUCCAGGUGGCCUUAUUUGGGCGAGUGGAUCCUGACCUUAUUCCCGUGAUGGAGGAUUCAGGCAUCCAGAGAGGCAUCUGGGAUGGAGAUGCCAAGGCUGUCCAACAAUGCCUGACAGAUAUUUUUACCAGCGUUUACACAACCUGCGACAUCCCCGAGAAUGCUAUAUUUGGUCCCUGUGUUUUGAGCCAUACUUCCCUGUAUGACAGCAUAGCCUUCAUAGCUCUCAAGUCCACCGACAAGAGAACAGUACCUUAUAUCUUCCGGGUAGACACCUCAGCGGCAAAUGGCUCCUCCGAAGGCCUCAUGUGGCUGCGGCUGGUCCAGUCGGCUAGAGACAGAGAAGAACAGAACCUGGAAGCCUACAUUAAAAACGGACAGCUGUUCUACCGCUCUCUCCGCAGGAUCGCCAAAGACGAGGAAUUACUAGUUUGGUACGGGAAAGAACUGACUGACUUACUUCUGCUCUGCCCCUCUCGAUCCCACAGCAAACUGAAUGGGUCGUCCCCUUAUUCAUGCCUGGAAUGCAGCCAGCGCUUCCAGUUUGAGUUUCCCUAUGUGGCGCAUCUGCGUUUCCGCUGCCCCAAGAGACUUCACAGCGCCGAUCUGAGUCCCCUGGAAGAGCAAGGCGGCGGCGUGGGCACCAAGGACCACGGGGGCGGCGGCGGGGGAAAAGAGCAGCAGCAGCAACAGGAGGCAUCCCUGGGUCAGGGCCCCAAGUUCUGCAAAGCCGGCCCCAUCCACCACUACCCGACCCCCUCUCCCGAGAGCAGCAACCCAGCCCCCUCCGCCAGCAGCAGCAGCAGCAGUAGCAGCAGCAGCAGCAGCAGCAACGCGAAGCCAUCCACGGACUUCCAUAACCUGGCCCGGGAGCUAGAGAACUCGCGGGGAGGCGGCAGCUGCUCCCCGGCCUCGGGGCUCAGCGGCGGCUGCAGCGGCGCCGGCCACCAGGAGGCGGAGCUGAGUCCCGACGGCGCGGCCGCGGGCGGCUGCAAAGGAAAGCGGAAGUUCCCGGAGGAGGUGGCGGAGGUGGGGGGCCGGGCCCACCUGACCGAGCGGCCCCCGCCGGCCUCCAAGGAGGACCUGGUGUGCACGCCUCAGCAGUACCGAGCCUCAGGCAGCUACUUCGGCCUGGAGGACGGCGGCCGCCUCUUCGCGCCGCCCAGCCCCGAGACCGGCGAGGCCAAGCGCAGCGCCUUUGUGGAGGUGAAGAAGGCGGCGCGAGCUGCGGGGCUGCAGGAGGAGGCGGCAGCCGACGGCGGGGGCGCGGCGCCCGAGGACCAGGACGCAGGCGGCGGCGGCGGGGGCGGCGCGUCCACACCCGCGGCCGCGUCCCCGGCGGGCACCGAGAAGCUGCUGGGCCCGCGACCCGCGGGCGCGCUGCCCGGCCGGCUGGAGGGCGGCAGCGCCUUCACAUCGGUGCCGCAGCUGGGCGCGGGGGUCGCGGCGGGCGGCGGCCAGGGCUCCAUGCCGGACGAGCGGAAGAGCGCCUUUUCGCAGCCCGCUCGCUCCUUCUCGCAGCUGUCCCCGCUGGUGCUGGGCCAGAAGCUGGGCGCGCUCGAGCCGUGCCACCCCGCCGACGGCGUGGGCCCCACCAGACUGUACCCGGGCGCCGCCGAACCCCUGGCUGUGAAGCUGCAGGGCACCGCGGACCUGAACGGCGGCUGCGGGGCGCUGGCGAGCGGCGGCGGCGGGCUGCCCAAGCAGAGCCCCUUCCUCUACGCCACAGCCUUCUGGCCCAAGAGCUCGGCGGCGGCGGCGGCAGCGGCCGGGCCCCUCCAGCUGCAGCUGCCCGCAGCGCUCACGCUGCUGCCUCCCUCCUUCACCUCGCUGUGUCUGCCCGCGCAGAACUGGUGCGCCAAGUGCAACGCCUCCUUCCGCAUGACCUCCGACCUGGUGUACCACAUGCGCUCGCACCACAAAAAGGAGUACGCCAUGGAGCCGCUGGUCAAGCGGCGACGGGAGGAGAAACUCAAGUGCCCCAUUUGCAACGAGUCCUUCAGGGAGCGCCACCACCUGUCCAGGCACAUGACCUCGCACAACUGACACGGAGACGACCCCAGCUGUCCAAGCGCGCGCGUGCAGUCAAGCCACCUGCAGGAGCAAACUCGCGAGGACACCGGUCACUUCCUCGCACUGUAAACACUGCACCCGCUCACACAGUCACACACACACACACACACACACGCACGCACGCACGCACGCACGCACGCACGCGCGCGACAGGAUGGUGGAUUUUUGACCGGGUGGGUGGUUGGAGGGGGGUUUUCUUUUGAAUGCACGCAUUUUCACUUUCCCAAAAAAGGUACAUUUUAAAAAAUGUCAUAUAUUGCAACAUAUUGAUGCAUUUGUCAUACGUUUCUACUUAAAUUAUUAAGCACUUACGGUUUAGAUGUAAUAAUUAUAUGUAAGGGCAAAAUUUAUUUUAGAUAUAAAGUAACGGAGGAAGGUGAGAUGCUUUCUGCAUUUCUCGAUAGCUUGUGUUCUUACAAAAAUAAACAAAACGAAUAAAAAAGGGGUUGCCAUUCAGUUGAAGUUUCCAGGGGGAAGUGCAUGUAUCAUGAAAUGAUUAUGGACUUCAAUGAAGAAUGUCAUCAAUUAUGUAAAUAUGUAUUUCCUUUUAAUACAAAGUGUAAUUUUGUGUCAGUGAAAUGGAGUCUGAAUAGUUAUGUGUUUCUUUUAUCCCUGGAAAGAUUUAUUAAACUUUAUAGUUUAUCUGGGUAUGUUGGAUGCUUUGACAAUAAAUGACUA